AUGGGCACAAUUUCACAUGAUCAUGCCAAGUUGAACUUAGACACAAUUGCAGAGGCUAUUAGAACGUUGGUCGAAGCAAACCCGUCAAUAAAGGUGAAGUCUAUUAUUGCAGAAAUUCAAUCCAGGUUUAACUACAUUGUAAGUUACCGCAAGGCUUGGUUGGCAAAGCAGAAAUAUGUCGCAAAAGUUUUCGGUGAUUGGGAAGUUUCUUAUCAGACUCUGCCAGUAUGGUUGAAAGCAAUGACUGUGAAUAUGCCAAGGUCUCAUGUGCAAAUUAAAAUGCUCCCCGUUUACCGUGAGAGUGAGGAGGCUCAAGGUGUAAGAGUACUACACUACGUUUUUUGGAGCUUCUAUCCAUGUAUUGUAGCAUUCAGACACUGCAAGCCACUAGUGCAGGUUGAUGGCACGCACCUGUACGAUAAAUAUAAAGGUACACUUCUGAUUGCAGUUACAUAA